AUGGCAAUGGAUCGUACUACCCAACGCGUGCGCUAUUUGAGACGAGUUUCCGAGGUUGAGGCCUUCAUCGAGCAGUUCUACGCGCAUUGCGUUGCGCUGGAAAUCGCCGAUCGAGUGCGGAUGUGUGCGGAUGAGCCGCGCGAUGUGGCCGUAUUUCACGAACAGCUUCGCUUCAUGCAGCGCCUGGCGCCCAAUUUCCGCAUCAAGCUGGCAGUGAACCAUUCCGAGUUUUUCUCUCCGGCUUACGCGCCGCCUCAAGUGGCCGACUACGUCCCGCUGCUACCACUGGCAUGCGCUGAUCUGGAGGUAACGCGACGUCUGGCUAAUGAUGCUCGCGCCCGUGGAGGCCAUGUCUGCUGGUACGUCUGCUGCGGACCAGCGCUCCCCAACCAAUUCGUAUCGUCGCCACUGGUGGAAGGCGAGCUCGUCAGGUACCUCACAUUCUUCUUCGAGCUUGACGGAUUCCUGCGGUGGAACUACUGCCUCUGGCCAUCCAGACCCUGGGACGACCUUCGAUGGCGCGCUCCGAUGUGGAAGGUCGUCGACAUGUAUUUCGUGCUUCCAGGUCGUGAUGGUUGGUCCGUCGAGACGCUUCACCUCGAGUCUUUGCGGUUUGCUGGCCAAGCCUUCAAGCUGCUGGUCCUCGCCCAAGUAAAGCUAGCUCCAACUCAGAUGCAGCAAUUGCAGCGCACGGUGGCGGAGCAGAUCCUGCGGUCAAGCGACUUGGAAGAGUUUGGCCGUUGUGGGGACCGAGCCCGUGAAGAUCUGUACUCGCUGAACCCACUGGACUACCAAUCUGAUAACAACCGACACAUCCAGCCCAGCCAGCACCGUUUCCACCAUCCUGCGGGGGCGCGCGGACGAGAGGUCUGCGCGGGCGCCAACUUCGUGCAUGUCGAGCGCGACGAAGACAAGCUAAAGCUAUGCACCGGGCUGCACGCCCACGGCCAAAUGAAGCUCCAUGGCACGGCUGAAGGAGACUGGCGACGCCUCCGACUCGGUCGCCGACAAGCAAGCUGGUGCACAGCAGACAGCGUCAAGAUCCAGUUCGGCUCGCCCAAGCCGGACGUCGAGAUGACCGUGCCCGUCACCACCACCAAGUUCAGCGUGUCGCUCAUGGUCGUAGUCACCGCCGCAAGCUACACGGCCCAUUAG